AUGCAUAUUCUCACUGCAGCAGUGCUGAUUCUUCGCUGAAGAAUUCCCAGUUCGGAAUGUGUGUUCAAAAGAGGGAUAUUAUGCUUGUUUGGGAUCUAUAACAGAUAGUCGCUGCACUGGAGCUGGUUCAGGACGAUCCGUACCAUAUGCAGGAAAAACUCGAGGGGGUGUUCAUUGCGGAGAGCUGCUCUAUGUGUGUGUCUGUGUUUGCUAAGCCAUGCGGUCGGAGCGCAUGAGUCGUGUGUGUAUUGUAGUGUUGGAGGAGGUGGAAGAUGACGAGCCAUCCCCUCUCCAUUCCAAAAGCACCCAGGACCACAUAUCCCAGAAUUCCUCUCAGGACGAGAAGCCUUCUCUGAUAAAAGCAAUAUUUAAUGUGGAUCCAGAUGAAGUUCGUUCUCUAAUAUUCAAGAAAGAAGAUGUCAAUGUACAGGACAGUGAGAAGAGAACGCCGCUCCAUGCCGCAGCAUACCUGGGCAACGUUGAGAUUAUAGAACUGCUUAUUCUGUCAGGGGCGAGAGUAAAUGCCAAAGAUAACAACAUGCUCACUCCUCUUCAUCGGGCAGUAGCUUCCUGUAGUGAGGAGGCUGUAAAGAUGUUGUUGAAGCACUCGGCAGAUGUCAAUGCGCAGGAUAAAAAUGGGCAGAUGCCGCUGCACAUGGCCGCGUCCAAUAAGGCGGUAUGGUGUGCCGAGGCGUUACUCCCAUUGCUAAGCAACGUCAACGUGCCAGACCGUGCUGGACGUACAGCUUUGCACCACGCCGCCUUCAGCGGCCACCUAGAGAUGGUUCAGCUGCUGGUGUCCAGAGGCUCAAACAUCAACGCGUUUGAUAAGAAGGACAGACGAGCUGUCCACUGGGCCGCUUACAUGGGUCAUCUAGAGGUGAUGAAGUUGCUGGUGUCUCGUGGUGCUGAGGUUUGCUGUACAGAUAAGAAAUCUUACACUCCUCUUCAUGCUGCUGCCUCCAGUGGAAUGAUCAACGUGGUAAAUUACCUGCUGAAACUGGGUGUCAAUAUUAACGAGCCGAAUGCGUAUGGAAACACUCCUCUGCAUUUGGCGUGUUAUAACGGGCAGGAUGUUGUGGUGAACAAACUGAUAGAAGCAGGAGCUGAUGUCAAUCAAGUGAAUGAGAAAGGCUUCACCCCGUUGCACUUUACCACCACCUCCCGCCAGGGGGCGCUCUGCCUCGAGCUGCUUGUGGCCAACGGCGCCAAUGUCAACAGUAAGAGUAAAGAUGGUAAAACUCCUCUCCACAUGGCGGCCAUUCACGGGCGAUACUCUCGAUCACAAGCUGUUAUUCAGAACGGAGCAGAGAUCGACUGUGUGGACGAGAACGGUAAUUCUCCGCUUCAUAUAGCGGCUCGUUACGGCCAUGAGCUGCUCAUCAACACUCUCUUAAUGAAUGGUGCGGACACUGCCAAGCGGGGCAUCCACGGCAUGUUUCCGCUGCAUCUGGCGGCGCUGAGCGGCUUUUCAGACUGCUGCCGGAAACUGCUCUCCUCAGGUUUUGACGUUGACACGCCGGAUAAUUUCGAUAGGACGUGUUUGCAUGCGGCAGCAGCAGGAGGGAACCUUGAAUGUCUUAAUCUGUUGCUCAACACUGGGGCAGAUUUUAACAAGAAAGACCAAUUUGGGAGGACACCGCUGCAUUACGCUGCAGCUAAUUGUAACUAUCAGUGUUUGUUUGCGCUGGUUGGUUCUGGUGCCAGUGUGAACGAGCGAGACAUCAGAGGCUGCGGUCCACUGCACUACACUGCUGCAGCCGACGCAGACGGAAAGUGUGUGGAGUAUCUGUUGAGGAAUGAUGCAAAUCCAGCUCUCAGGGAUAAAGACGGAUACAGCGCGGUUCACUACGCCUCCGCGUACGGACACAGACUCAGUCUGGAACUGAUUGCCAAUGAAACUCCAUUAGGUGUUCUAUUGAACACCUCUGCAUCAGGCAUCUUAAACGACACAGAUGUCCAGCCUCCCAUCAGCCCUUUACACUUAGCAGCAUAUCACGGGCACCAUCAUGCUCUUGAGUUUCUUGUUCAGUCUUUGUUGGAUCUAGAUGUGAGGACACCUCAGGGUCACACCGCCCUGAGUCUCGCUUCGUUUAAGGGUCACGUGGAGUGUGUGGAUGUUCUGAUCAAUCAGGGAGCUUCUGUGCUGCUGAAGGACUACACACACAAGAGAAGCCCUAUACACACUGCGGCAAUAAACGGUCACUCUGAUUGUCUGGCUCUGCUUCUCAAUAACACCGAUCAGCACACAGCCGUCAAUAUACGUGACGGAAAGGGGCAGACUCCUCUGAUGUUGGCAGUUCUGGGUGGACACACUGAUUGUGUGUAUCUUCUGUUGAGUAAAGGAGCCAGUGUGGAGGCCAGAGAUAAAUGGAGCAGGACGGCGCUCCAUCGCGGGGCAGUAAUGGGUCAUGAGUCGUGUGUUGAGGCUCUGCUGCAGCACAGAUCCAGUGUGUUGGUGCAGGACAGUAGGGGGCGCUCUCCUCUGCACCUUGCAGCUGCUUGUGGGCACAAGGGUGUCUUGCGGGCCCUUUUGAAAGCAGUCCAGUCCCUGAAGACCGUCCCGUCACUCAAGGACAACUGUGGCUACACACCUCUACACUGGGCGUGUUACAACGGUCAUGACACAUGUGUAGAGCUGCUCGUAGAACAGGACGUCCUUCACAAGAUGGAUGGAAACUCCUUCAGUCCGCUUCACUGUGCUGUAAUUAACCAUAACGAGUCCACAGCAGAGACGCUGAUUGAAACAUUGGGUCCAGCGAUCGUAAAUGCCACAGACUUGCAGUCCAGAACACCCCUUCAUGCCGCUGCGUUUACGGAUCACGUGGAGUGCUUAAAUCUUCUGCUGGGUCACAACGCUCGGGUGAACUCCAUCGACGCUCUGGGCAAAACGCCGCUCAUGAUGGCAGCUGAGAAUGGCCAAACUAAUGCCGUAGAGGUUUUGAUGAGCAGUGCAAAAGCAGACCUCACAAUACAGGACGCCAACAAUAACACAGCACUGCAUCUCGCCUGCAGCAAGGGGCAUGAAACUGGUGCCUUGUUAAUUCUCGAGAAAAUCACAGAUCGAAAUCUCAUCAAUUCCACAAACGCAGCCCUGCAGACGCCUUUGCACAUCGCGGCUCGGAGCGGUCUGACGGUGGUCGUGCAGGAGCUGUUGGGUAAAGGAGCCAGCGUUCUCGCCGUGGAUGAAGACGGUUACACUCCAGCUUUGGCUUGCGCCCCGAACAAAGACGUGGCCGACUGUUUGGCGCUGAUACUCGCCACCAUGUUGCCUGUUUCUCCCAGCAGUACUGGCACCAUGUCGAGCCUCACGUUUGCCUCCAUUAACCACUACUCCUGCCAGUCUAAGACUGUGACCUUUGACCCAUUACCCAUGCUGCGGUCUGAGCACGUCCCCUAUCGUAACUUCAACAGCGUGGGGCGCGAGGACGGGCUCAUCGUCCCUGAUGACGAACUCAAUGAUUCAGACUCGGAAACGUACUGA